AUGAAUAAGAAGUGUGUUGACGCAGGCUUGGUUCUUCCCUUUGAUGAUGGUGCGUCUCCCGUGUUCCCCUCGAAUAUCAAAGUUCUUAAUGGCUUGAUAGUCGAACUCACUGUUUCGUUCCUUGUUUGGGUAGCAAGUCCGGAGGCUGGUAUCUUGAAAGGCAAGUUCGUCUGGGCAAACUGGGAUGUGGAGGAACUCGUUGCAAAGAAGGAGGAAUUAGAGUCCUCACUACAGUUGAUCAUUGGUCUGCUCGGAUGGCCAUGA